AUAUAAGCCAGUCUUUACCUCCAACUCAUUUUCUUCAUUCAACCGUCAAGUGGCUUAACUCUGAUCCAUCAUGUUCCGAACCACCAAGCAAGCACAUUCGAUCAUCACCAGAUCACAGCAACAAAACAUCCUCCACCAACUCAGCAGAAGAACCAGACCGACCACGCUCCUGACCAGACGAGCACUCCAUCAAAACUCCCACAAGGAUUCCUAUGGCUUCAAGCAAGCCAUCUCAGACAUCAACCUCAAAUGGACUGCACCCAUCGGACUGGUGAUCAGUAUCGGACUAUGGUUCUACCUCCAAGACCAGAUCGAAUCUCGUCCAUCAACCCAUCUCAAGAUAGACGAGCCUCUACCACCGAUGAUCGUCCUCAACCAACCAACAAAUCAACACGUGAUCGAUCCCGCCACCCAAUUGCAAAUCCCUGCCCAACUCAAACCCGAGCACAUCAACCUCGAAGAGCCCAUGCGCCUCGUCGGCUUGGGCGUAAGGACGGUCUCAUUCCUGGCGGUGAAGGUGUACGUGGCCGGCUUUUAUGCCGAUCCGAGGGUGCUCAGAGCACUCAGAGUCGUCCCUGGUUGGAGUGAUGAUUUGACGAAGGAGAAACUCUUAUCAAAAUCCACUCAAAAACAACCCAAUCUCGAUCCUAAGGAUCAAGAGGAAAUCAGAGGCGAGGCUUUGAUUCGCAAUUUAUUGGCUGCACCCGCUAAUUUCGCUAUCCGAAUCGCCCCAGUUCGUCCCACAGACUUCACUCAUCUUCGAGACGGGUUUUGUCGCUCAUUAUUAGCUCGAGUCAAGCAAGCUUCUCAGGCCGGAACGAUCUCCGAAAUAGACCUAGAAAGGGCGUCUCAAUCGAUCAACACUUUCCGAAGUUUCUUUCCUACCGGAGUCUCAGUACCUAAGGGAAAAGCGCUAACAUUAAUCAGGACGGCAAGCCAGAGCUUGAUAAUCGAGUACGAUGGUAAGAAGUUGGGUGAAUUGGAGGAUCGGAUCGUUGCCAGAGAACUCUUCUUGGCUUACUUUGCGGACCAAGAUCCGAUCAGUAUCAAGCUUAAGGAAUCUGUCGCUGAAGGAUUCUCGAGUCUUUACCAACCCGAGGCUCGUCUCUAGUCAUUAACCCUGAGAAAAAGAAACUAGUCAGAAUUUGUUGAGGAGUCAGCCAAUUACCAAAAUCCAAUAUUUUCCUUCUACAGAUAAGAGUGCAACCAAUUAUUGUGUGCAUAGUUGCUUCUUUAUUCAUUCAGUUCUUUGAUUUGAGUUGCAAAGUAAAAACCAAACUUCAAACCAUCCAAAGAUCAGAUCUCGUAAAAAAACCACAGCAAUCUAUAUAUUCACAAAGACUGUUGUAAUUUGUCCGUUUUUGUAA